UCCCGGGUAAAAUGCUAUAGCGGUAUUCCGUGCGCUUGCGGAUCUAUUCAUUGUUCAUGAAAUACUGCCGUCCCAAAUUGGCAUCUGCGGGCGUCAUCGCUAGGUGACGUUGGUAGGCGCCAACAGCAUGCUGCAAUGUAUUCGUGAAGAUGUUCCCAGGCUUCCGGGACUGUCUCGUCCUGGAGUUGUUCAAAACUAAAAAUCCUGUUCCGAAGGGCAUUGGUUUUGCCCAUCGAAAAGUACUUGACCAGAAAAGCAUUAGAGCACGCAUCCCAAGUGUUAAAUGCUUCCUUGUAGGUGUAGAACCACGUCUUUGCUUUCUCAAGCAAAGAGAAUGGGAACAGUCGAAGACGAAUGUUAUCCAUCGUAGUGCCUCUUUGGUUGAUUAUGCUGCUCACUUCCAGAAAAUUCUGUAGAUGAGCGUGGGCAUCCUCUGAUGUCUUUCCGCAGAAGGGACUUGCUUGAACCAUGUUGACAAGCCUAGUCUUUAUCUCAAAGCCAUCAGUGCCUUGGUAAUUGUUUAGUCCAGUAGGGAUAUGGCUAUUGGACGGGGCUGAGAAUUGACGGAGUGUCUUCUAAGCCAUGGGUAUUGAAGCUGGUGUUGUCAAACCUAGGGAAUUAACUUGAGCCUCCCUAGUCCGGGCGAGAAAACCCGUAAGGUACGAUCCCGAUAAACAAGAUAGGUACAAAGCCUAAGCUAGAGAAUUACUUCCGCACACAACUAAGAUAACUUGGGAAGAUAAAUAAAUGCGAAAAGAAAAGCUGACUCGAAAAGAUAAAGAAGAUAACUUAUAUUGAUAAAUGUCAAAGGAAAAGAUACAAGAGCUUAUACCCGACUUCCGAUGAUGACUCUGGAAUCCCGAGAAGUUGAGCACGAGCCGCUGCAAUGUGGGGCCGGCCGGCCUCCCCUAGGCCGGCCGGCCUGGGGAUCCCAUCAUCUGGCCACCGACUUUUUGUGGACGGCUUGGAUUGUCUCCUGGAAGUCGGUGGAAGAGGAUUGGGUCCAAAGCACGUGAUUGUUAGGCCGGCCGGCCUAGGUUUGGCUCCUCUCGGCCCUCCGUUUCACCGACGCAUCAAUCAACGGUUGCACAUUCUUGCUCAAGGUGGUUUAGGUCUUGAAACUGCGUUUGGACACUGAAAGUGGACCCAACCUUCCAUUGCUCAAGCCUUUCGGUCUUUGUUUGUGAAUUUUGGAUGGAACCAAAUUGGAUUGGCUUGGAUUUGUGCUCAUGAUCACUUUGGCAAAGUUUUGUGGCAUGGUAUGUUGAGGUGCCAGACCGGCCGGCCUAGGGUAGGCCGGCCGGCCUGGGAUUUUGCCUAUUUUUCAUUAUUUUGGGAACACUAAUUGCUGCGACCACAAUUCAUCCAAAACUUAUUGCACUUGUUAGAAAUAAGCAAAAUAUGUAUGGAACAUGGCGUAAAGCUCAUGUUAUUCUCGAGAAAUUGACGGUCAAAAUGGGAAAUAAUGGCCGUCAACACUUGGGAUUUCAGCUAGUUAUCUUGUUCAAGAUCCUACAUCAUGAAGAUCGAGACCGAGACUCAUCAUCUGGUAUCAGAGCUGUGUUGCCACGGUAAAAUUCUUUACACUUAGCUACAUAUAUUUUUGUCUUCGUCCUAUCCAACAUAAAGCCAAAAAAAAUUAUGUCAUAGCCUUUUAUAUUAAUCUGUUUAUCUAAUGCGUUUGGUUAAGUUUCAGUCCAUUAGAGUCUUUGUUUAGUUGUUGAUCAUUUCAUCCUUUGCGUGUUCUUUUGUGCUUUUCAUAUCGCUGAAAAAUUCCUAAAAAAAGAGUAAACCAAUUCUAUCCUUUGCGUAAACUAUUAUCCUAUCAACAUAUAUAGCUGCUGGUUGCAUGAGUUUCUACCUUUAAUUUUUGCAAGUACUAUAUCUGAUCUUGUCUUAGUAUUGUUAAAAAAGAGUCAAAAAGAGGAAAGAAAAGUUGCAGCAAAAAAUGUUCUGUUGAGAAAGUUGGAAAAGAAAGUAGGGAGAGAGUGUUGGUAUGCACAAGUGCUGAAUUUUCAUAUCAAGUUGUGUAACCAGUUUGCUAUCUUCCUUUGGUGCAAUUUUUGCUAGGAGUUUCCUUGUGAACCAUCCAUCCCUAGCAUAAUCCUUGUUUGCAUCAAGUCUGAAAUUUCUUUUUGUGUCUGUGUUACAUCCAUUACAUCAUUCAUAUCUUGUGAUCAGCACUAGGCAUUGGAUCUCUAGCUUGGAUUGCUAUUUAAAUUUACAACAACUAGAAUUCAGAUUGCCCCUUGUGUAUCACCCUUACCAAGCUCAACAUAAAACUAUCGUGUACGGAUUGCUUGAUCUUGUAUUCACUCAAUUAUCACUACUCUUUACCACCACACGGAUUACUUCUGUGAUCUGUAGGGAAACAUAAGAGCUUUGGUUGGUAAGAGAAGGUGAGGUUGUGAGAUCCACAUAAUUUCCAUUCCACAUAUAAUUGCUAUUUUGUUUUCACUAACCAUACAACAAGAUGUCUGGACAACCCAAUUUUGAUGAAUGUGUUACCAUUGCACAAUUCAAUGAGAUGAGGCAAAGCAUGGAAGAAAGGCAGGACAGGUUGACACAAGAUCUUCAGGCCCUUAUGGUUGAAAUCAGAAGACGUCGCCAACCUCAUGACGGUACAAGAAACCAUGGUGAUAGUGAAGAAAGUGACGGAGCUGCUGCUAGGAGAGCAAGAGAGCAAGGAAGGAGGAACCGAUAUGGUGCACAUGGUAGAGGAAGGGGACAAGGUAGAAGACAUAAUGAGAGUGAUGAUUCUAAAGAUGUGGGUGAUAAUAGCCAUUUACAAAAUCCAUUCGGUCGCCGACCUCAUAGAAGAGGUAACCAAGAAGAGAGGUUGGGUAAACUGAAAUUUACCAUGCCAAAAUUUGAGGGAGGAUCUGAUCCUGAAGCUUAUUUCACUUGGGAGUUUAAGGUGGAUAAAAUCUUUCGCUUGCAUAAUUAUACCGAAGAGAAGAAGUUGGCAAUAGCAUCUCUAGAGUUUGAUGGAUAUGCUCUGAUCUGGUGGGAACAACUUCUCCGUGAUCGUGAAGAAGAUGGGGAACCUCCUAUUACUACUUGGGAAGAAAUGAAGUAUGAGAUGAGAAUUCAUUUUGUGCCGAAGCACUAUCGGCGUGACCUUUUUGAUAAAUUGCAGAAUUUGAAGCAAGGAAGUUUGUCAGUUGAGGAGUAUUAUAAAGAGAUGAAGAAGUCUAUGAUUAGAGCCAAUGUGUAUGAAGAUGAAGAACAAACCAUUGCAUGUUUCAUGGCUGGGCUGCAUCGCAAUAUUCAGCGCAUUGUUGAGUUUCAACCAUACCGUCAUCUUAUUGAUUUGGUACAUCAAGCAAGCAAAGCUGAGCGUCAAUUGCAGCAAGACAUGAAGAGCAAUAGAGGGACAUUCAGUACCAAGAGUACUCCAAGUGGAGGUAAAUUUACCCCAAGAGCCAAUGAAAAUCGAGGUGCAAUCACCAACUCAAGCAGUGGGUUACGUUCUAGUGCUCAUGGUGCUUCUAGUGGGAAAGAAUUGGCUGUUCAAAGUGAGAAAACCAAACCUGCAAUAUCAUCAUCUACUUCAAUGGCUUCUGCAGCAAAAACUAGUGGAAUUCAGUGUUUCAAGUGUGGAGGUCGUGGUCAUGUUAUAAGGGAGUGUCCAAACAAUCGCACCAUCAUUGUAAAUGACCAAGGACAAUAUGAAUCUGCUAGUGAUGUGGAGCAGGAAGUUAUAGAUGGAGGAGAAUUAGAAGAUGCUACUGAAAAUGAAGCUCAUACAUCUUGUGAAUUUGAGGGAGGUGUUGCCCUUAUUGUUACUCAAAUUUUCAGUCUACACAUGAAAGAAGCUGAAAAUGGACAAAGGCAUAAUCUGUUCCAAACAAGAGCCAAGAUUGAGGGAAAAGUAUGCAAAGUAAUCAUUGAUGGUGGAAGUUGCCAUAACCUUGCUAGCAAAGAAAUGAUUGAUAAACUUGGUUUGAAGUUGCUGAAACAUUCUCACCCAUACCAUGUACAAUGGCUAAACAACUCAGGUUCCAUCAAAAUUGCACAAAGAGUGAAAGUUCCAUUCAAAGUUGGUGAAUAUGUUGAUACCAUAGAGUGUGAUGUGGCACCCAUGACAGUAUGUCAACUGCUGUUGGGAAGGCCAUGGCAAUAUGAUCGUUCAUCUCUACAUUGUGGUGCACAAAUCAAUACACCAUCAAGUGGAAGGGAAAGAACUUUGUACUUAAACCAAUGACACCACAACAACUCUUAGCUAAACACUUGCAAAAGAGCUCCGAAGUGCAGAUUGACAGUGAGAAAGAAAGAGAGAAAAAGAAUAUGAGUGCCCUCCACAAAUCGGUGAGUGAGAGCCACAAACCAAUUGACAGAGAUAAAAAGAAAAGAGAGGAAAAUAAUCUGAUCAUGUUAGCCACCAAAUCUGAAAUGAGAGAUGUGAGGAAUAACCCAAACCAAACACUCGUUGUACUUCUGUACAAGGACACAUUGCUUUCAGCUAACAACAUAACAUCUCUUCCUAGUGUUAUUUCACAUCUUUUGUAGGACUACAAGGAUGUUUUUUUCCAGAGGAAAUACCAGCAGGGCUGCCCCCAUUACGAGGCAUUGAACAUCAAAUUGAUCUCAUACCUGGAGCUACAUUACCCAAUCGUCCACCAUACCGCACCAAUCCUGAAGAAACAAAGGAAAUUCAAAGGCAAGUACAAGCACUUUUAGUCAAAGGUUAUGUGCGUGAAAGUUGAAGUCCUUGUGAUGUCCCUGUUAUUUUGGUGCCAAAAAAAGAUGGAUCAUGGCAAAUGUGUGUUCAUUGUAGAGCCAUCAAUAAUAUCAGUAUUCGUUAUCAUCAUCCUAUUCCUAGGCUAGAUGAUAUGCUUGAUGAAUUGAGUGGUUCUAUCAUUUUUUCUAAAAUUGAUUUGCGAAGUGGUUACCAUCAAAUUAGAAUGAGGAUUGGAGAUGAAUGGAAAACUGCUUUCAAAACAAAGUUUGGGUAGUAUGAAUGGUUAGUUAUGCCUUUCGGUUUGACAAAUGCUCCAAGUACUUUCAUGAGAUUGAUGAACCAUGUCUUAAGAGCUUUCAUUGGAAAAUUUGUUCUGGUUUACUUUGAUGAUAUCCUUAUUUACAGCAAGACAUUGGAGGAACAUGCAGAACAUGUACAACAAGUUUUGGAUGUACAUAGAAAAAAAAAUUGUUUGCUAACCUUGAGAAGUGCAUCUUUUGCACAGAUCAAGUUAUGUUUCUUGGUUUUGUUGUCUCUGGACAGGGAAUUCAAGUGGAUGAAUCCAAGAUUAAAGCAAUAAAGGAAUGACCAACCCCCGAGAAUGUAAAUCAGGUAAGAAGUUUUCAUGGACUCGCUGGUUUUUACAGGAGAUUUGUAAAAGAUUUCAGCACCAUAGCUGCUCCACUGAAUGAAUUGACAAAGAAAGGUGUCGCCUUCAAUUGGCGUGAGCCACAAGAGAAUGCUUUUCAAGAAUUGAAGAAAAGGUUGAUGGAAGCACCACUACUUGUGUUGCCGGAUUUCACAAAAACCUUUGAGGUUGAAUGUGAUGCAAGUGGGAUUGGAAUUGGAGGUGUGCUCAUGCAAGAUGGAAAACCGGUUGCAUAUUUUAGUGAAAAGUUGGGACGAGCACAACUGAACUACUCCGUCUAUGACAAUGAGUCGUACACUUGGUAAGAGUACUUGAAACUUGGCAACAUUAUUUAUGGCCAAAAGAAUUUGUUAUCCAUAUAGAUCAUGAAGCAUUGAAGUACUUGAAAGGCCAAGCCAAACUGAACCGUCGCCAUGCCAAGUGGGUUGAAUUCAUUGAAACUUUUCCUUAUGUGGUGAAAUAUAAGAAAGGUAAGGAUAAACUUGUUGCUGAUGCAUUGUCCCAAAGAAAUAUUUUGUUGAACCAACUUGAGGUAAAGGUGCUGGGACUAGAGGGUAUGAAAGAUUUAUAUCAUAAUGAUCAUGAGUUUUCAGAACCAUAUGCCAAAUGUACAGCUGGAAAAGGAUGGGAAAAAUAUCAUAUUCAUGAUGGAUAUUUAUUUAGAGCUAACAAAAUAUGUGUGCCAAAUUAUUUUGUUAGACUCUUGUUGUUACAGGAAUCACAUGCAGGCGGACUAAUGGGUCAUUUUGGUUGGAAAAAGACCUAUGAGCUGCUGGCCGACCAUUUCUAUUGGCCAAAGAUGAGAAGAGACGUUGAGAGACUUGUGCAGCGAUGCAUCACGUGCCACAAAGCUAAGUCAAAACUGAACCCCCAUGGUUUAUACACUCCAUUGCCUAUUCCUAAAGUUUCUUGGGAAGAUAUUAGUAUGGACUUUGUUUUAGGUUUACUAAGGGCUAAGAGGGGGAGCGACUCUAUUUUUGUUGUUGUUGAUAGAUUCUCAAAAAUGGCACAUUUUAUACCUUGUCAAAAAAGCGAUGAUGCUUCCCACAUAGCCUCUUUGUUUUUUAGAGAACUUGUGAGAUUGCACGGGAUGCCCAGGACCAUUGUUUCAGAUCGAGAUACAAAGUUCUUGAGUUACUUUUGGAAGACAUUGUGGGCAAAACUUGGAGCAAGGUUGCUGUUUUCUACAACUUGUCACCCACAAACGGAUGGACAAACUGAGGUGGUAAAUACAACACUUUCCAUGCUGCUGCGUACCCUGAUCAAGAAGAAUUUGAAAGAGUGGGAAGAUUGCUUGCCACAUGUGGAGUUUGCAUAUAACAGGGCAGUACAUUCUACCACUCAUAUGUGUCCAUUUGAAGUUGUAUAUGGAUUCAAACCGCUUCCUCCCAUAGAUUUGUUGUCAUUACCAUUGCAGGAAUGGUGUAACAUGGAAGCCUCCAAGCGUGCUACAUAUGUGAAGGAGAUACAUAAGAAGACAAAAUAAGCAAUAGAGAAGAAAACCAAGUACUACGCUAAAUGGGCGAAAAAGCAUCGUAAGAAGGUGACAUUCGAACUGGGAGAUUUCGUUUGGGUACACCUUCGCAAGGAGCGCUUUCCAGAGAGACGUAAAUCAAAAUUGAUGCCAAGAGGAGAUGGACCAUUCAGAGUACUAGAAAAAAUAAAUGAUAAUGCAUACAAGAUUGAGCUCCCUGAUGACUAUGGUGUUAGUACAACAUUCAAUGUUGCUGACCUAACACCAUACUUUGGCCUGGAAGAAUCAGAGUCGAGGAUGACUCCUUUUCAAGAGGGGGGGAUGAUGAGGCCAUCUCAACUAAACAAGAUAUAAACCAAGCACAUGAUGUGGAAGAUGUCAACCAAGUAAGAGAACAAGUGUACAUUGGACCAAUUACACAUAGUCGAGCUAAGAAACUACAACAAGAGGUGAACGCGCUACUUUGUGAAAUUCAUUUUAAUAUUAAUGAGAAUUAUAUACUGCCUAAGUCGUGCACGUUGCUAUUACUCAGGUUCACCAAGGAGGAUGACAAGAACACAGAAGGAGAAUAUUACAGAGAAGGACCACACUCGAACCCGUCCAGUGCUGCAGAACAGUCCGAAAGAAUCAGUCAUAACUUUUGAUUCCCAAAAGCUAUGAUAGUCAAUGAGGAUAUUUUGGAAAGCUUAUCAAGUCUACUUUCCAAUGGCAUACUUACCGAGUACUUUUGAUUACCCAGUAAUGGAUCUGAGUACUUUAGUGAAGACUGGUCAGAAUGUCAACAGUCUGCCAGACGUUCAACUUCCCAUGCAAAACUGUACUACUGUAGAAUGUUUCGUGCUUCAUGCUGCACAUAGUUGGAAAGCUUAUCACGUUAGCUUUCCAACGCAACAAACCUCAUAUCAUUUGGACUUCCCAAUAAGGAGUUAUGGCCGAUUUAGUGGAGACUGCACAGAAGGCCAACAGCCACGCGAAGCUCCUCGGGUUUUCAGUUCGUGUUGACUUUUGAGUUACCAUAACUCCAGAAACUCCAAGAGUCAUUCACACCCAACAAGGAGGGUUGUUUCUUGUAUAAGUACUUCAUGUAUCUCAGAGAAUAAUCAAGACUUUGAUAAUGAAAUAGAACCCCUUUUGUUCAA